UCAAAGGAGGAGGGUCUUGUAAAUGGUCAAGUAAACAAACCACAAGAUUCUCUGUUUGGACUCACUGACUGGCAUCAAAUUUGCACUAAAGAAGCAACGCUAAUCUUGGAGCUGGCACAAGCUUGUCUAUUCCUGACAGAACCAUGAAGAUGACAUCUCAGAGACAUGCCCGUUAUCUGUCAAUUGAUCUGAAAGAUGAUGCUACCCUGGUUUUCCGUAAGCCUAGUUGGCAGCUCAGAGCUUGCCUUGCCUCUGUGUUGAUCACCCCUAUCCUCUACCAACUCUACUUCAUUAUUGUCACCAUCAGAUACAUAAUCUUCUUACAAACUUUUUCCUCUCGCCCACGUCCUGCUUGCCCUGUGGUUGACUUGAGUUGGACCGGAGUGUUUCCUUGUGAGCUGGGAUGGAGGGGGAGUGCACUGGCCGUUCUCAUUCUGUCAGCUGUGCUUAUCACCUGCUACUCACUCAUCACUGCCUGCUUGGUGAGAUGGAACCCUCGGAAACAAUGGAACUCAACCACAUCAGUUUUUGAUACUCAAGAAAAGCCGACCAAGUUCCAAGUGAGAGUUCAGAGCUCUAAUCGGCCCCCCACUCUCAGUCUGUAUAUACUGUUACUGAUAUUCCGCUUACUGUUACAAUCAGGAGAUGUUGAAGCAAACCCUGGACCAACGUUUAGCACCAUUCUGACUAUCAAUCAUUUGCCAUCUGUUUACGAGAAAUUGAUAAAAGCCGCCAAAAAGUGGUUCAACCUGGGACUCAUGCUGGAAGUGAGCUAUGACACCCUCGAUAAUAUCAGUGAUGAACAUCGAGAUAAUGAAACCUGUUUACGGAAAAUGCUAGCAGCUCGCUUAAAUACUGCCACUCUCACCUAUUCUGAAAUAUGUCAGAGUCUCAGAGCACCAACAGUUAGACGAGAUGCCAUCGCUAAAGCUAUAGAAGAGGAAUGUACAGAUGAUGGUACUUCACCUGGGCCAUCUAAGAGGCAGAAAUUGUCCACAACGACUCCCGGACCAACCAAAUCCAAGUCGGAUAAUCGUUCCACCAUACAAGCAGAUGAAGCAAUGAGAAUUUAUCGAUCAUACUUAACUAGUAUUUACGAUACAAGAUCCCUCCCUGCUGAUGACAAAUAUCCUCUCCAGUGUGUUAAGCAUUUUGUUAAUCUAGAAUGUGCGGAUGUAAGUAAACAUUUAUCGAGAAAGAAAAUGGAAGAGUCCUGGUCAGAAAUAGUUCAAGGCAUGCUGUAUAGAUUUCCUAGAGAUAGAAUCACAAUGGACCAGAUAGCUUCCAAAGUAGAGGGCAAAUUCUCUAAACUAGUUGUCAUUAAAGGGGCUCCUGGAGGAGGUAAGACUACUUUGUCAUGGGAACUGUGCAGACGAUGGGCUAAUGGUGAAGUUUGGACAGAUUACUCCCUCGUUGUGUUGCUCCGACUUCGAGAUGAGAAUGUUCAGAAAGCUGUAGAAUUAGUUGAUCUAUUUCAAUGUGAAGAUACUGAUUAUUCCAAAAAUAUUUAUGCUAUUAUCCGAAAGAAUCAUGGGCAGGGCAUACUUUUCAUUUUGGAAGGCCUGGAUGAGCUGACACCAUCCCUUAGAGAAAAUGACUCCAUAUUUAUGAAGCUAAUAACCGGACGUCUUCUGCCAGCUAGUACCGUGCUUGUUACCACUAGACCCUGGGCUGUAUGUGAUCUACCUGUUACUUGUAGCUCAAGAGUUGAUCAGUUCAUUGAAAUCUUAGGUUUUUCUUCCGAACAAAUUCAAGAAUACAUUGAUCUAAUGAUCAAAGAUGGGGCUCCACCAGAACUACGUGAAUAUAUUGACUUUAAUCCACGUAUCUCUACUGCAAUGUACAACCCUCUUCAUGCCAAAAUUGUAGUUGAAGUGUACAGAGAAAACCAUGAGAAUAGCAAUAGCAUAAUCCCCAACACAACAACUGAACUAUACACCGAAUACUCUCAAAUUUUGAUUAAAAGAUGUUUAGAGAAUGAUUGGAGCGAUGAGCUUAGUGAGUUACCUUCGUCACAUCAGGUACAUUUUGAUAAGCUCUGCCAAAUUGCGUACAAUGGAAUAACAAAAGAAAAACAACAGUUGGUUUUUUUCAAGGAAGAUGUUGUUGAUGCUAGCACUACACUCGGAUUCAUGAACAGUGUACAUCCUUUACAUAAGAAAAAUAACAGUUCUCCAUCUUACAAUUUCCUUCAUCUGACACUUCAAGAGUUCCUUGCUGCAUUUUAUGUCUGGAAAAAUAAAACCCCACACGACCAGUUACUCUUGUUUGAAACCAAAGCUCAUGAUGGAUCAUACAAGAUGGUUCUGUUGUUUUUAGCUGGAUUGACUAAACUGAAUGACCGAUGGACACAGUGUGUACUUCCAACUUCUUACUUGUACUAUGAGGAAGGAUCAUCAAAAGCCGAGAGAAUGUGUAGAUUCUCAAGUGAUCAAAUUUUGUGGAUCUAUGAAAGCCAAAAUGUGCAAGUCAUGAGUGACUUGUAUUGUAAUGUGCUGUAUGAACCACCGCUAUAUGAUAAGAGAAUUGAUAAGUUUGCACUUGGUUAUGUUGUAGCUUCUGCUCAUUUCAAAGUAACUCUAACGGACAUGUUUGAGUUACAUAAUGGUAUAGAUAUAUCAAUGUUAUUAGCAGGAAUCAACAAAGUGUUGCCUUCAGAAUCUUUUACUCUAAGUGUAAGGCAUCUGAAAAUAUCUACCACAUUCAAGAUUCCAUGUUUUUGGCAUACACUCACUGAUAGGAUAUUACCAGAAUUAGAAGGAGUCACUAUCAGUAGAUCAGAAGAUAUUGACGAUGAAUUUGAUGGGCCUGAGGCAUUAAAAGUAUUUGACACUAUACAGCUAUCUCCAAACUUAAGUCUUGUAGAGCUAGAUUUUGGCAUCUCAAGAGACACUGUGAUACGAAUACUUGAUAUUUUGAAGCCAAAACACUGCUUGAAAGUUUUGAAGUGUGCUCAAGUAUCGCCAGCUGAUGAAGAGUCGUUGUCUGACUUCGUUGCACAUUCUAGUAUUGAAAUGUUGGUGAUACAUUUGGUACAAGCGCCUAAUUUUAUUUCCUCACCCAUCACAGAUACUUUCAAUUGGUGUAUUUCAAUUGGAUUGAACGUGACUGAGUUAAAACGGAACAACACGAAAAUCUUACCACAUUUACUGUCUGAACAUUCGUUUACCAAUAACGAAGCAAAAACAAUAUUUUCAACAGACAAUGUGGUUUUUUCAGAGUCUACUAUCAGAAACUUAAUUUCAAUAUUAAGCCACUGGAAACUAAGCUUACAAUAUCUGCGAUGCUCUUUCCGUGUUAAGUUGAUCCCCGAACAAUCUGAGCGGCUUUUUAGUACUCUACUCAAUUGUCCGAUACUUAAAGAACUCGAUAUCCGAAGUGAAAUAAAGGGCCAAUUUGAAUAUUUCUGUACCCCCCAGCACUUGCAAUCACUAACUUUGUUUUGUCCUGAUAAUGCCUGUGAAGUUUUACGUUCUCUCAAAGACAAUCGAUUACAUUCCAUUAAAAGCCUUGAACUUACAUGUGACUUUGACUGCAAUUUUGAUGAAGCUAUUGGUGAGUAUCUACAGGCUGACAUAUCUCUAGAGGAAUUGACACUGCAUUAUAUUGACUUGAAAAGUAGCCCGAGUCAUUUAGUGCAGGGACUGCAAGUUAACACAUGUCUAACUAAGCUAACUAUUUCACCUGAUUUUAGUUAUGAUGAUGAUAACUCGCUUAAUUAUGGUUUCGGAACGUUUGAACUGGCCCAAAUGUUUCAUACAACUCUACAAUUCAUUGAACUUACGUUUUGUAUACAGUUGCCAGGGGAUCUACUACCUGUUUUGGAAGCAUUGAGAGAAAACAAUACAGUUAAACACCUGACACUCUAUCUGCAUGUGCCACCAUUAGAAGAUAAAAUACGGUACACUGUUACCACUGAAGAGGCUGAAGCUGUUGGUAAUGUGUUAGCCAAGAACAAGACUCUAGAGGUGUUUCACCUCAAUGCUCAGAUCACCGACUACUCCCCAAUUGUCAGGGGGCUGUUUGAAAACAAAACACUGAAACAAUUCGGCACUUCUAAGAAUACAAAAAAAAACAUUGUCACAUGUCCCGAGUACGUUGAUGUCAGACGAAGAAUUGUGUUUAUUAAGUAGUAUGUAUGACUCCUGUUUUAUGUUAUGGUCUAGUUUGUAUAGUAAAUCUUAUAAGUCUUCCCAAUCGGUGGCUAUCUUUCUUAUACAUGUACAGUAUAUUUUUGUGUACCAUUGGGCAGAGAGUAUAAACUCUAUACAAUAAUUAUACACUCCAUAAUUAUUUAUGUCUCUAAUAGCAAUUGUUUUGAUCGUUUCGUUGAUUUGGUAAUUAAAAUCUUCUCUUCAAACAACAUAUUAAAUGACACGA